UUUGCUGAUGGAUCUGUGGGUCUCGGCGAAGGAGGAAGAGGAAGAAGAAGACGGAGAUCAGACGGAAGCAAGAGCGGAGACCACGUGACGAGAGAGGCUCAGCCGUCAAUCCUUGUCCGAGUGCUUUCCGUCCGUGAAGAAGAAGGAGGGCCGUACGAUUGAAGCCCUCUACUUCAUAUCCAUUCCUGUCACCCUUUGCUCGAAUCCCCUUUGGAGCAGGAAGGAAACGACUCUGUAGUGAGUAGUGGCUGGAGCUGGAAUUGACCGGCUAUUUGAGUUAUAAUCUAUGGCGACUCUUGCAAAAUCAAGCUGUCAAUUCAGAUGCUUUUACGUUUCUCCUUGUUGCAAUUCAUGUGGGAGGUUGUAAAAGACGUUGCAAGAUUGUCAGGCUGUUUGAUUAGGUGCUAUUUUUGUUCAGUUGAAUUCAACAUAACAAAGAAAGAUCGAUAUUGGUGGAAAUGCAUCCUCCUUUAACGAUACACAAGCACCCGCUGUGUGUCGAAAUUAUUGAGCAGUUUCAGAAAUGUCAUAUAGACCAUCCUGUUGGAAAAUUCUUUGGGGAAUGCACUGAUCUAAAAAUAAAGCUUGAUAAAUGUUUCAGGCAAGAGAAAGCUUUGAAGCGAAAGGCAAACUUUGAAGAAAGCAAGAAACUGAAAGAGAGGCUACAAGCUUACAAGAAGGAGAAUGCUGAGAGCAACUCUGAAGUAAGGGCAAACAUCUGAACACAUUUUUUUUCUUCAUUGAACAUCAUCAUCAUCAUCAUCAUCAUCAUGUCAGAACCUGCAAUAAUAGAUAGCUGAAUAUAUUCAGAAAGUAUAGGGAGACACUGGAUGAUGAAAUCUGUUGUUUAUUAAUCUGAGCAGCCAUAUUUACAGAUGUUGCU